AUGCAAACGACUGCCCGUCUGUCCUCAGCCUCUGACGCAGCAACUCUACUCGGUCUUGCACAUAUCGACACCAGCAUGGCGGAUGAACCGGCUAACGGCGAGCAAGGGGUAACUGUGAAAAGGGCGAAGACGGCUGCGCUCGUUGCGCAGGUCUCCAACCACCAGAUGCGGCUUGAACUCCUGGAGGAGGAGAAGGUUAUGCUGCAGGCAGAGCUAGAAGAAACGAAGAAGUUACUGCAUACCUAUAGUGCUCGCUACACUGCAGUGUCGGAGCGGCUGGACAAGCAGGCUGACUUGAUCUCGGGGCUGCAGACGCUAGUCGCCGACCUGCAGGAGCGUUGCGUCUCGUCUGAUGAGUCGAAUGGUAGUGCAGAGGGUUCGGACUCCGAUGACGAGGUGCUUGACGAAAAGGAGAAGAGGCGGAUUGAAGACAGCGUCGCCGCAUUGAAGGACACUUCAUACCGAGAACUCGUUCGCCAGGCCUUUCAGACUCGCAUGGGCAUUCCAAACCUCAAACCGACGAGCCUGCCAUGGUGGCCGAAGGAUGGAGAGCCUUUACCGAUUGACCCCGCGACCAAGACUGAGCUGAUGCGCUUCCGCUGGGAUCUCGGGUGGGAUGCAGUCGAGAACUUUGAAAACAUCAGCACCCUGGUUAGAAUGAUCAUGCAGCAAGGUGGUGAGCUUGUACCCACCGCUGUAAAGGCUGUUCGAGCACUCGGAAGAGUUGAUGUCGAGGAUAGUGUCAAGAAGAAGUUUCUGGCACUGCAAAAAGCCUUGCGCGACGCACAUAAGAUUGAAGGACGUGGGCGAUCGGUGACUGCGCAGAUAGAGAUUGAUGGGAUUGAUGUGUUGCCGAGUGAAGAGGCGAACUCGAAGUUGCCAGCCAGAGGUCAGAAGAAGCCAUCGCAUAGGACCAGCCGCGCUAAGGGUGAACUUCAGGUUCGCGAGCGCAAACGUGCACAUCUGCCGAAGGAAUCAAUGUGGCAUGACCCCAAGUAUGAUGCCGCGUUCACAGACAGCUUGAUGUCCGACGAUGAGGACGAGCUAAAUGAGAAGGGAGAGUUCACCGGGCAUUAUAUAUAA